AUGCCGCCGCACCUGCACCCCAGGUCGCGCAUGACAUCCUCCCUCUUCGCCACCACCGUCGCCGCCAGCUUCUUCGUCGUCGCCCUCCCGCACAUCCUGCCGUGUCCCGCGCCCCGCGUCACCUACGCCGACUCAGCGACCGGCCCCGACGGCACGCGGCGGCGGAGGCGGCGGAAGCCCGAAGAACAAGCCGCCGUCGUCCACGACGGCAUCGUCCAGUUCGAGAGCACCACCGAGGACUUUGACAGGGUCGCUGCCCAGACCGGGAGAACCAGCCCCGCCGAUGCCGCCGCUGCCGCUACCAGAGCGAGGAAGGAGAGAGAGUGUCCUGUACCUAAGCCGGGUGGUGUGAUUGGCGAGCUGAUGGGCUUCAAGAAGUCGGAGACGACGGAUGGCGUGAACAGCGAGCCGAGAGACAAGACAUAA